CCUCUUUUCCCAACAUCAGCUUUACGAGUGGUCGGUCCUCGGUACAGACCACCACGGCAGUAUGAUUCGCCAAGCGCAAUCCACUGCCUCGUACUCGUUGUUCACUCAAGAUUGCGCGAAAUAGGGGAAUGGGCUCCGAGCUGGAGGGGGGAGCGAGGAAAAAAAGGGAGGCCAGCAGCACGACUGCUUUUUUCCCCAGGAAAAGGAUUUCCCAGCCACCACAGAUUUCACACCAGGGCUUUUUUUUGGGCUCCAGUCUUCACUUCUAUUCGGUUCUACGAGUAUUACUCCCCUAUCGUCGUGUGUGGAUUCCUUUUGGCUUGGGAGGCUUGAGCCCGAGGUGUCGCAGAGUGGACACAAACGUGAGCCAGACCCCCUUUUCUCGCUUCGAAAGCUGCUUUGCCCUUUCCAGACUUAGCACGAGUGCGCUUCGGAGAUUUUUCUCUCGCGGCUUUUUAUGAGGUGCAGUAGUGUGGGAGGAGCAUUCGUAAAAGGGGAUUUCUUUCGACCCUUGUGGUUGCUCGAGGGGAAGUUGUGCCGGCAAACCUUCAUUGUUCUUUGACAUCCUGGUAAUCAUACCAUCGAAAAGGUGCGUUUCAUAAGAGUACGUAAAGGGAAUGGAGAGGCCCGGCAGCUCUGUUCUCCGGUUUGGGGAGCGUACGAGGUAUCCUUCAGCCAAACCCGGGGCCAAAGCGAUGAGAAUGAAAAUGAGGAUGGAUGUCCUCGUGCCUUUGCUGGGGGAUUCCUUAUCGAGAGUGAUGGCCUCGGCUUCUUCCCCAGAAGGAAGCGCGCGAAAGAG